AAAUCAAAUAGAAAAUAUUGAGAGAAGAUCACCUAGCUUCCUAAAUUAAGAUGUCAAAGGCAAAGCUUGUUAUUCUUGACUGCUGGGUUAGUCCCUUUUGCAUGAGGGUUAAGAUUGCUUUGAAUGAGAAAGGCCUUGAAUAUGAAGCUCAAGCCGAGGACUUAUUUGGCGGCAAAAGCGAGUUGUUGCUCAGCUCAAACCCCAUUUACAAGAAAGUCCCGGUGUUCCUCCACGGCGGAAAACCCUUGUGCGAGUCCAUUAUCAUCGUUAACUACAUCGAUGAAACCUGGUCUUCCCCUCCACUGCUCCCGCCAUGUUCAUAUGGCCGAGCUCAGGCACGCUUUUGGGCUGAUUUCAUUGACAAAAAGGUAUUUGACGCAUGCGGUAAUAUAUGGAGAAGCAAAGGAGAGGUACCAGUGGAAGCUAAAAAGGAGUUCAUAGAGAUAUUGAAGCAGUUAGAAGAAGCCUUAGGGGACAAAGAUUACUUCAUUGGCACCACAUUUGGGUUCGUUGACAUCAUAUUAAUCCCUCUAACGAGCUGGUUCUUUGCCGUUGAGAAGAUCGGCGGGUUUACGGUGGAGGCCGAGUGCCCCAAGUUUUCGAAUUGGAUGAAGAGGUGUUUGCAAAGAGAGAGCGUCGCCAAAGUAGUUCCACCCCCUGAGAAAGUGUAUGAGUUCGUCUUGAUGUUUAGGAAAAUGCAAGGCAUCGACUAAGAGACCCCGUAGGAUGCAGUAAUAACUGACGGGAGAAACAGAGCAAUGAUAAACUGAUGUAUUUUCUUUUUUCUUUUUUUAAUAAUUGGCAAUGCCUGAUGGUUUUAUCCUGGUUUUACACUUCUCUUCAAUAAUUAAAGCAAAUAAAACGGAAUAUAUACGACCAAUUCAUGUUGGUCAA